CUUUAAUGCGCUUUUAUUUCUAAGAUUAGAGGGAAGUGCAUGUAAACAUUUACAUUUUAGAGAUUUAUGAAGUAUUCAGAUUGCAUUGUGUUGAUUUAUACAUCUUGUUAAAGUGAAGAAGCAGGUAUUUUUUCCAAAAAAAUAUUCUCAUGAAAAUACCAAAGUGUUUCAGAUUUUAGUAAAUGAGGUUGAGUGCUGUUAAAGAUACAUGAGUGACAUAAAUGAAUCUCCAGCUUUCAGCUGAUGUACACGGAAGAAACAAAGUGAAUACUGAGCACAAGAAAGUACUCAAUUUUAUCAACAAUAAUGGAGGAAACUUUUGUUUGGUUUCAACUGACUUUGCUAUUAUCCGGAAUUCAAAUAGGCUGGACAAAAGGCAGUGGUGGCCAAUGUUACAGCGCCUGUCAGGCUCACUGCUCUGAGGCGUGGAGCAAACUGUGGACAGCAAAUCACAACAGGCAGUACCAGGACAUCUGCAGGCACUUUGGGGAUAUCAACACGUGCACCAUGCAGUUCCAGACCCAGUGCAGGUUCAGUGAGGGGGAGACCACUCUGUAUCAGACAGACAUCGUGCAGUACUACACUGGCAAGCCACACAACUGUCCGCUCAUAGGGGGAAAUAUGGAAUAUAAAGGCCAGUACGACACGACACCCAGGUCAGGUGCUUGCUCUACAGGGAUAUUGUCACCAAUACAAACUCUACUUCUGGCCUUAGUUUUGGAAGUGUUCUUAGCCGUAUGAGUGACAAAAAAAACAACAUUUAUAUAUGUAAUACAUACUCAUUAAUUAUUUGAGAAUUUUUAUUAUAAAGUUACUGUUGAUCUACAAUGUAUUUUAUUCAUUAUAUUAAGAAUUAAAAAAAUAAAAAAACACAAUGUAUUUUAUUCAUUAUAUUAAGAAUUAAAAAAAAAUUAAAAAACAAUUCAGUAUAUGGUACUCUAUUAUGCUUUAAUAUUAGAAAGCAGACGAUUUUCUUCGUAAGCUUUUAUCUGGCAUAAAAUUCUUGAGCCAAAUAUUAUAAGUUCUGUACAUAACUUUAAAAGUUUUCAUUACUGUUGAUGGAUGUAAUUUUACCCUUUUUGCAAAAUGUAUGAAGGGAUUAGUGUUACUUAUAAAAAUCGGAAACAUU